AUGUUGAAAAAGAUGUUGUACCCGCCUUCCCACGAAGUGGAGGCGAGGAAACGGCAACAAAAGGGGCCUAAAACAGCUACAGUGCAGUCUGCGUGGACUUGCUCUCGACCUUUGGAACUUUGCGCCUACACACUUGAGCCAGAUUACGAAAUGUACAAAAUUCAACGAGAUGGAAGUAGAGAAAGAGAAAGGGACAAGGAAAAGAGAAAUGAAAAGAAACGGGAAAAGAAUGCGAAUAUCGAUGAAGAGGACGAAAAAGCCAAGGUCACUGUUGUCCCAAUAGAAGAUGAAGAAGAUCGAAGGUUGGGACGUAAAAAACGAACCCAAGAAGAUAUGGUUGCAGAUUUUGUGAAGAUUUUGGAACAAAUGAUGAACCCUCGACAAGCAAUCACUUCAUUCAUCUCAGCCGCAACAGGUCUCGCAGCAAUCACAAUUGGUAGCAUCUAUAUCAAUCGACUGCCAGAAACGGCUUUGAAAGCCAAGAAACUCGUUAUUAUCUUGAUUGUAUAUGGUGUACUACAGGUCUUAUUAGCCACAGCAUUUUUUGUUACGUGUAUGCAAACGUCAAUCGCUGUUUCGAAGGGAGUGAAGGAUGCUUUUCAAAUCGUUGUUGGAUUGAUGGUUGCAUUGAUUUAUGUUGGAAUAUCACUAAUAGCUAUGGUUGUUGGAAUAUACGGUUUCUACAAAUCUCUCGCACUCCUCAGCUACGUUGAAUACGCGGACACGACAUCAUUAACGUACUGUCCACAGAUCGUUUUCUACACUUCACUCGUCGUCUUUGUAUUACACAUCAUUCUCAUAAUCAGCAAAUGUUGCUGUUGUAAAUAA